ACCUCCCCUCCCACUUCCAUCGCAACCUACACCCUGGGCUCAGAAUCCGGAUGAGUAAGUCGCCUGGUCAUCUCUCUCGUGGGAAUUUUUCUCGCUUCUCCAUUUUUCUCUUUUGUUUCCUCUGUUAGCUUAUUGUUAGGCACACGCAAGGACUACACUUCUGGAGAAGAGUCGAGACGGAGGAGGAGGCGGGAUCAAGCGCUAAGCCGGAAGGCGUGAACCCGGCAGUGAUCCAGUGCCUGUCGGGCUGAAACGUAGUGGACCACAGAAGGUUCUGACCUCCGAAACUUGGAAAACACGAAGAAGUAGAAGAAAAAAAGGAAGCAAAAGGAAUCCAUAAUCCCACAACUAUAGAUCAUCUUAUUAACAUUUUGGAUCUCAGCUAAAAGGGAAGCACCUUCGAAGAGUGAUUGCAUAGUUGGGAAUGAAAAGCACUGAAGUCUGAACAGAUGCUGAAAUGAAUCGUCACCUGUUUGUUUGGCUUUUUAGACAUCCAUGUCUUAAUGGUCACCACCAGUGCCAUGUCCAUCUCCAUUCUCAUCGACUUACACAGAUACCUCUUGACACAAGGCUGUGGGUUUUUAGACAAAACAGGAAUCACAUGCUCCAUUGUCUGUUAAGUGAGAAUUGGUCCAGGAGAUAUUGUCAUCAAGAUACCAGGAUGCUCUGGAAGCGUCAAGCACUACAGAAAUAUAUGGAGGACCUGAGUAAGGAGUACCAAACACUUGAUCAUUGUUUGCAGCAUAUCUCUGUGAGUGAAGCGGACCGGAGGUCCUUGAAUCAACGGCAUGCUGAGCUGGCACCGCUUGCAGUCAUUUACAAAAAAAUUCAGGAGGCUGAACAAGCCAUUGAAGAAUUAGAAUCAAUGUGUAAAAGUCUAAAUAAACAAGAUGAAAAGCAGUUACAAGAACUUGCUUUGGAAGAGAGGCAAACCAUUCUUCAGAAAAUCAACAUGUUAUACAGUGAGCUUCUCCAGAGUCUAGUGCCAAAGGAGAAAUGUGACAAAAAUGAUGUUAUUUUAGAGGUGACAUCUGGAAGAACUACUGGAGGUGAUAUCUGCCAACAAUUUACCCGGGAAAUAUUUGAUAUGUAUCAGAAUUAUUCAAGCUACAAACACUGGAAAUUUGAACUUCUGAAUUAUACACCAGCUGAUUAUGGUGGGCUACAUCAUGCAGCCGCCCGAAUUUCCGGUGACAAUGUCUAUAAGCAUUUGAAGUAUGAAGGUGGGAUUCACCGAGUUCAGCGAAUUCCUGAGGUGGGCCUGUCGUCAAGGAUGCAGCGUAUUCACACGGGAACGAUGUCAGUUAUUGUCCUCCCUCAACCAGAUGAGGUAGAUGUGAAAGUGGACCCCAAGGAUUUACGAAUAGAUACAUUUCGAGCCAAAGGAGCAGGAGGGCAGCAUGUUAAUACAACUGACAGUGCUGUCAGACUCGUCCAUGUCCCCACAGGACUUGUAGUAGAAUGCCAACAAGAACGAUCACAGAUAAAAAAUAAAGAAAUAGCUUUGCGUGUGUUGAGAGCUAGACUCUACCAGCAGAUUAUUGAGAAAGACAAGUGUCAACAACGGAGUGUGAGAAAACUGCAGGUGGGAACAAGAGCCCAGUCAGAGAGAAUUCGGACAUAUAAUUUCACCCAGGAUAGAGUCACUGACCACAGGAUAGCAUAUGAAGUUCGUAAUAUUAAGGAAUUUUUAUGUGGGGAGAAGUGCCUGGAUCAGCUAAUUCGGAGGUUGCUUCAAUCAGCGGAUGAAGAAACCAUUAAUGAAGUUUUGGAUGAAAACCUUAAAUCAGCAAAAUAAAUACUGAUUUAUAAUUUA